AUGGCGGUUAGAUCUCUUGUCCAAAACCCUAAUUUGAAACAUGUUUCAAUUCUAAGAUCAGACAAAAAUCUACAACAAACAUUUCCUGAUCUUCCUUAUCUUGUCUCUCUCCGCUAUUCCAACUGUCACACUUCCAAAAGACUUGUAGUUUCUUCUUCUUCAGUAUUAUCAACACACAUUCCAACUUCUCGGGUUGCUUCUGGUCCUGUAUCUCGUGCUCAGGCACCGUCCUCCGGUGCAGAAGCGACGGUGCCUUUGUCUCGGGUCUGGAGAGAGAUACAAGGAUGUAACAACUGGCAAGAUCUUAUCGAACCUUUAAAUCCUCUUCUCCAACAAGAGAUCACUCGCUACGGAAACUUAGUUUCCACUUGUUACAAAGCCUUCGAUCUAAACCCGAAUUCUAAACGUUACUUGAACUGCAAGUAUGGCAGAAAAACCUUACUUAGAGAAACCGGAAUCGACCAACCUGAAGAUUACCAAGUCACUAAAUACAUCUACGCAACGCCGGACAUAAACAUCAACAUCCGUCCAAUCCAAAACGUGGCCAAUAAGGGCGCACGUUGGGUAGGUUACGUUGCAGUUUCAUCUGAUGACUCGGUAAAACGUUUAGGGAGGAGAGACGUCGUGGUUACAUUUCGUGGAACGGUAACUAACCCUGAAUGGUUGGCUAACUUCAUGAGCUCUUUGACUCCGGCUAGGUUCCAUCCUCAUAACAUGCGGCCUGAUGUGAAGGUCGAAUCAGGGUUCUUGAGUUUAUACACAUCCGAUGAGAGUGAGAGCAAGUUCGGACUAGUGAGCUGUAGACAACAGCUUCUGUCCGAAAUAUCAAGAUUGAUGAAUAAGUACAAAGGAGAAGAUAUGAGUAUCACACUCGCUGGACAUAGCAUGGGAAGCUCAUUAGCUCAUCUUCUUGCUUACGACAUUGCGGAACUCGGUUUAAACAAGAAGAUAGGCGAGAGAGAUGUUCCCGUGACUGUAUUCUCUUUUGCCGGUCCUAGGGUUGGUAACUUGGAGUUCAAGAAACGUUGCGAGGAGCUAGGAGUGAAGGUUUUGAGGAUCACUAACGUUAAUGAUCCGAUCACUAAACUUCCUGGCUUUUUAUUUAAUGAGAAUUUUAGGGUUUUAGGUGGUUUUUAUGAGCUUCCAUGGAGUUGUUCAUGUUAUGCUCAUGUUGGGGUCCAACUAACACUAGAUUUUUUUGAUGUUCAAAACAUGUCUUGCGUUCAUGAUCUCGAGACUUAUAUCGAUCUUAUUAAUUGUCGGAGAUUAAACUCGAGAUCAGCCGAGACCGAUGGGGAAAAGAGCAGUGAAAAUGUUGCCUGGGAGUAUUUGAAGCAAAAGGGCGAGAAGCUGAUGUUCUUCAAGGGACAACGAAUUAUGCAUUGGAGCAACGUCGUAAAUCUACUUUCUUCUCUCUCUUAUCAUAUGUUGUAUUGUAAUAUAUUCUAG